GAAGUAGAGAGGAAGAGGAGGAAGAAGAGGAGGCCAGCGUCCUGUUCGGUGUUAGCUCAUUGCUCCGGCUCUGUCAGUAGUUGGAGUCCCCCCCACCAGCCCCCCUCGCCUCACGGCUAUGAUUGACAGAGUCAGCAGAGGUCUACACGGGCAUGUCCGCACAUUCUCUCGGUUCUUACCGUAACAGAGACUGCAGCAGCGGCAUGGCGAGUCCGGAGAAAAGAGCCCCGAGCUGCGGGCGCUCUCACACAGGGACGAGAACACCGUGUGUCGGAUUCUUCAGGAUGCUAUUUAUUGCUUUUAUUCACUCGACGCGGGCAAAUAAACAAGCUUUCAUCCAGUCUGACACAAUUCUGGAGGUCCUACAUUUUGGUGAGGGAAGCCUUUUACAGGCAGAGUCUGACAUCGAUUUUAGUUUAUAUCAUCAACAGAGCACGUCCCCGCACCGUGGGAACUGCCGACCUAUACGAUUUGAACCUCCAAUGUUGGACUUUCAUGAACAGCCUGUUGGAAUGCCAAAAAUGGAGAAAGUUUAUUUAUAUAAUCCUAGCUCAGAAGAAAUUAGUUUGAUAUCAAUAUCGGCAACAACAGCACAUUUUCACGCCUCCUUUUUCCAGAAUAGGAUAAUCCCACCAGGAGGGAACACGUCGUUUGAUGUGGUGUUUCUUGCUCGUGUAGUUGGGAAUGUAGAAAACACUUUGUUUAUUAAUACGUCACAUCAUGGAGUGUUUACAUAUCAGGUUUUUGGGGUUGGUGUUCCAAAUCCCUACAGACUGCGGCCCUUUAUUGGAGCCCGGGUCCCAGUAAACAGCAGCUUCUCUCCUCUUAUAAACAUCCACAACCCAUUCAGUGAACCUCUACAGGUAGUUGAAAUGUACUCCAGUGGUGGGGAUCUACAUCUGGAGCUUCCCACAGGCCAACAAGGAGGCACUGGAAAGUUAUGGGAGAUUCCUCCUUUUGAGACAAAGGGAGUGAUGAGAGCCAUCUUCUCUUCGAGAGAUGUGGACAACCACACAGCUUUCAUCAGAAUCAAAACCAGCGCUCCAAAUGAGGACCAGUACGUUGUCAUCCCGGUAGAGGUGGAGGUCACAUCAGCCCCUGGUAUAUACUCCUCCACAGAGAUGCUUGACUUCGGUACACUUCGAUCACAAGAUCGUCCAAAGCUGCUGAAUCUUCAUCUUUUAAAUUCAGGACCAAAAGACGUACCGAUCACAAGUGUACGCACAACACCGUCAAAUGAAGCCGUCACAGUAGACUUCAAAGCAGUCACACUCAGAGCUGGAGAAAGCAGAUAUACAAAAGUUGCAAGCAUCAGUUUUGAUGCCUCAAAAGCAAAAAGACCGUACCAGUUCUCUGGUAAAAUAACUGUUAAAGCAAAAGAAAAGAGCUACUCCAAACUUGAAAUCCCAUACCAGGCCGAGGUUUUAGAAGGCUACCUGGGCUUUGACCACACAGCUACAUUGUUUCAUAUCAGAGACAGCCCUGUGGAGCCAGUGGACCGACCCAUCUUCCUCACAAACGCCUUCAACUUUGAUAUCUGCAUACACAACGUGUCCCUGCCAGAGGAAGCCAGCACUAUGUUUAAAGUGCAGAAUUUCAGCCUGCCCAUUCUCAUCCCUGCACACGAGUCUCGGUACAUCUUCUCACUCCUCUUCACGGCAGUCCGGCCAUCCAUUAACAUAGACAGCAACAUCCUGCUCAUCACAAAUGCAUCAAAGUUUCACCUGCCUGUUCGAGCUUACACAGGCUUCUUGGAGCCCCUCGUCCUGCCCCCCAGUCUGAAGGAAAACCACCUGGACUUUGGUGUCCGCAGUGCGACGGACACCAGCAGCAUCAUAUUUGUGGUGGUCAACAGUAACCCCAUUGAGCUGGAGAUAAAGUCUUGGCUGGUGGUAGGAGACAGCCUUUCCAUGGAACUGCUGAAAACUGAGAAAGGGAACGCAACAGUGGCUCUGAGUCGCCUACAGGAACUGCAGAACACGUCAACCUCGUAUCACAAAACAGUGAUUCUUGCAUCAGGUUACUACGCAGCGUUCAGGGUGACGUUAGUGGCCAAAGCACUGGAGGGCGUGUACGAUGGGGCAAUACACAUAACUACAGAUUAUGAAAUAUUAAUCAUCCCAGUAAAAGCUCUCAUUGCCGUGGGAACGUUAAAGAGCUCCCCCCAGAACAUUAUUAUGCCUCCUUCAUUUCCAGGAAAAGUCGUACACCAGGGUUUCAACAUGCAGAGCUCCUUCACUCAGAAGGUGAGGCUGCAGCAGAUCCGCUCGCUAACCGAGGACAUUCGCUUUUAUUACAAGCGGCUCCGCAACAACAAAGACGAGCUGGAGCCCAGGCGCAAAUCAAAGGUGGCAAAUAUUUAUUUCGAUGCCAGCUUGCAGUGUGGUGAUCACUGUUAUGUGGGCCUGCCGUUUGUGCUGAAAUUUGAGUCCAAACCCCACGGGGCGCUGGCGUUACAGGAGGACAUCUGGGAUGCUGACGUCGACCUCCACCAGACACUCCUCAGAAGAUGGAAGGAGCUCAAAGAGCGCUCGGGACAUAAAAUUGAAGCCAUGUUUGAAGUGAACACGGACCUUCAGAAGAACGUGCAGGCUAAAAUAACAGCCCACUUGGCGUGGCCUUCACUUGUCAACUCGUCGCAAAGAAUCACGUUCCCCCUGACCAACACAAACAGCUCCUCUGAUGAGGAGGUGAUUCUACAGAACCCUGCAGACGUCCCUGUCUACGUCCAAGUUCUCCCGUUGGCGCUGCUACCAAACCCCUCUGUGUUUUCAGGAAAGUUGGCUGACAGGUUGCCGUUGGGGAAUUUGUCCAAUAUCAACAUAGAUACAAAAACAUUAGAGUUCCAGGUUCACAGAAAUCAAACAUUUCCAAUAAAGUUCAGCUCAGGGUUUGUGGAAGGCUCAACCAGACCGUAUGUGUACAACCUCCUCCUGCAGCCGGGAGAAGUCAAGUCGCUCAGCGUGAGGUUCACCCCUGUCAGCAACCACAGCGUCUCCUCCCUGCUCAUAGUCAGGAACAACCUGACUGUGAUCGACACCAUCGUACUUUAUGGACGAGGGACGACUGAGAGCCUGAAAGUGGCAGGGAAGCUUCCAGGACAGGGCAGCUCACUGAGGUAUAAGAUGACCGAGGCGCUGCUGAAGGACUGCACAGAGAAAAUAAAAGUCAAAGAGCCAAACUUCACGCUCAGAAGAACCUUCAGGGUGGAGAACACCGGACUGCUCCCCAUCACCGUCAGCUCAGCAGAAAUCAACGGACAAGCUUGUGAAGGAUAUGGUUUUAAAGUUCUCAACUGUCAAGAGUUUGCACUCAAGCCAAAUGCUUCCAAAGACCUCCUCAUACUGUUUACGCCCGACUUCACGUCAUCUCGAGUGAUCCGAGAGCUGAAGCUGAUGACUCGCGGGGGCUCGGAGUUCGUGUUUGUCCUGAACGCCUCGCUGCCCUACCACAUGUUGGCUGCGUGUGCAGAAACUCUGCCCAGACCCAGCUGGGAGCUGGAGCUGUACAUCAUCGUGUCUGUCGUGAUGUGCUCCAUGUUUCUGCUGGUGAUCGCCACAGCCUACCUGGAGGCUCAGAGCAUUUGGGAGCCUUUUAAAAGACGGGUGUCUGUGGAGUCCAGCUCCAGUUUGGAGACUGGGAGGCCCUUUAACCUCAGGGAUAUUGUUCAGUAUCCCAAUGAUUUAAAGUUAAAUAACUACAGCGAGGCCAACCAGACCUCCAGAGGAUUAUACGCAUCCAGCAAUGGAACAGCACGAGUUGGGAGCCGACAAGACAAGAGUCGGAUCUUAUCAGACUCGGACAGCCAAGAUAAGAGGUCCAGGAUCUCUUACAGCCGCCCACCUAUACAAACGAUUUCAUCUCAGUCACCCAAAGGAAGUUCAUCAGUGGGCCAAGAUAGCCCUCCAGCUCCGUGCCAGCUAAUCAGCCGAAAACCUCGAAACGUUAAACAGCCGGACCCCCAGAGUUUACCUGGGUCGUCCCUUCCACACAGAGACCCGUGUCCUGAGGACCCAGAAUAUGCCAGCCUGAUAGGAGCCAUGGACAACGACCUCGACCGUCCAGAGUCGCUCGGUGCUGAAGCGCUACAGGAGCGGAGUUCUAGGUCCAUUCAAAACAAAGUGUUGGAGAACAAAGGGAAGCAGCGUCCAAAAAUGAAAGCGCUUAAAAAGAAGGAAGAAAAAGAGAAAAAAUCCUCAGUAAAGACCCCAGGAGAGGACCCUAAAGACAACAUGGCCGACAACGACGACAGCUCCUCCACCACCACAGAGACCUCCAAUCCAGAUGUGGAGACGAACCUCAAAGAGGAACCAGUGAAGAAGAAAGGGAGGACCGUCACAUCUGGAAAGGAAAAAGAAGAAACUUUAAAUUUUUCAAGCAAACCCAAAGAAAAGAGACGAGAAGCUUCAAAGAAAGAGAACCAAGCAGAUAAAACCAGUUCGCUGGAGCUGCCGUACGUAACGCCACUGGAGAACAAACGAAGGAGCUUCACCUCCAAAGCUCUCCACCCCAUCAUCCCAAAGACGAGGCCCACGCAGAAACAGAGAAUAGAUGGGAAGCUGGAGGACGGGCGCCCCUCCCUUUUAGCCAAACUGUCAUCCAGCUCCUCCGUGCUGGAGCUGGGCCACAGCAGCAGCUCUGAAGGCGAGAAGGAGUUCGCUUCUCCUGAGUGGGAUGUCCCACUUUCUAACAACGCCGUCCAGGCAGACAGUCUACAGCAGAUCUCCCUCCAGACCAUUAACGCAGAUCCUUUCCUGAAGAGGUCGGCCACCGCUGGGACCUGCUCCCCUCCACCGACCUCCCCCAGCUUACUGUCCCGAGGCUCCUACAGCAGCGUGCUGAACAGUAACAGCGAUCUAAAUCAGAAAAAAGCCCCAGGACAUAAACUGUCUUCCAGCACUCCACUCCCAGGCAAAAAUGGAACCCCCACCUUUGCUGCUGUAGCUGCAGGUUACGACAAGAGCCCAGGCGGUUCUGGCUCGGGUAAAACCGAAUGCCAAGGCAAGAAUCUGACACACAUGACCUCAGUGGAAAGUGACAGCUCGGACAGUUCUGGAUUAUGGAGUCCAGUAGACACGGUCACCAGUCCAAACUACCCGUCUGCCAACUCCUUCACAGCAUUCGGGCCCAACAACUCCUUCAACCUGAUGAGAGUUUUCAGUGGAAUGAAUCUCCCAAAGCCGUCGGAGCCACAGACCAGCUGGCCAGACUUCAGCAACGUCUCCUCGUCCAUCUGGAACAACCCAACCAGCGGCGACGCUCUGCCGUCCUGGCCACGCAGCUCCGGCUCACCUACCAUCCCAACUUCAUCACUCCUGGAGAGCACGAGUAAUCCGUGGUUGGCGCCCACACCCUUCAGCAGCUCCAUCUGGUCAACCAGCACAGAUUUAGCAUUGCACCCUUUUCCACCACCAACCAGCUCGACUGCUCUGACUCAUCUCAACAACCCCGCCCCGUCGUCGCCCGCUUCCACAGAGAUGAGUCGUACCUUUAACCCCUGGAGCGCGUGGCGUCCCACACUGAGCCGCCGCAGCUCCGAGCCCUGGCCCAGCUCUUCUGACAAAGACAAUUGAGCAUUAAACAUCAGCACUUAACAGAAGUACCCCGUCUGCUAAAAGAUCAAAAUCUUUUAUCGUCAGAGUUUCUGAGCAGAACUCCACAUUCAGUUCUGUGUGGCUUUUUAUCCACGAGGGGCAGGAAUGCCAUCUUUUAUUUGAAUUUGUUUUAACAGGUGUCCCUGAAUCCAUUUACAACGUUUGGAACACGACACAAAGUCUCUAAUUUUUCAUUUUAAAGUUGGAACAAAUGUGUUAUUUUAAGCCACAUGCCAGUUUGGUUCUUAUUCGAUCAAAUUAAAACAAUUCUUCUAAAAGUCCAGUUUAAAUAUGUUGGCAGCCCCUGCACCUGGUUGUGAUCUAGCAGCAGUGAUCUCUACAAAACUGGAACAAGAUUUUUGUUUGUCCACCCCAAAAGACAAAUAAAGCUUCAAUUGUUCAUGUUCCUUUUCUUAAA